UGGGGCAAAAGAAUUAGUAGUAGAAGAAGAAGAGGCGGCGACUGCGGGAGGAAACAUGUCUUCUGUGGCGGACUGCGGAGUCAAACCUCUUCAAACCGCCAUGAAAAUGGCCAAAGCCGCGAUUCAGUGCGACGGAGGCGGCGAACACAAGGAAGCAUACUGUGAAUACCUCCGGACCAUCAACUACAUAUCACACGCUCUGCUGGAGGACGCUGCGACACAAAGUGUCGCGGCCUCAGAGGAGCUGGCGGCGGUGGAGGUGGAGCGGAUGUUGACGCUGGCCGAGCAGUGUCUGGAGCGAGCCAGGUCCUUCGUAGAGGAGAAGAAGAAGAGCGCCGAUCCCCCUGACCUCUCCGCUUCUGACCCCCCCGACCUCUCCGCUUCUGACCCCCCUGACCUCUCCGCUUCUGCCCCCGCUUCCUCAGGAGCCCAUCGGACAACCGUCCUCCCGCUCGCCAUCGCUGCACACACUGAGCAGCGUGAAGGAACCGACCCGACGGCGACCAGCGAGCUCUCCCCGUUUCUCCCCCCUGAAAUCUUCCAGAGACUUCAAACUGAGGAGUCGCGGGACGCGACCAAAAAGGAGCUGACACCCAUUGAACAAGCCUCACGUUUGAACCAGAAGUUGAAAGCCAAUUACGAAGCUCGUCUGGCGAGACUUGCACCGGGUCAGGCCUCCCAGAAGACGUCUUUGAAACUGUCUCUCCAGCGGCAGAUGAUGGAAAACCUCAUCAUAGCCAAGGCCCGACAGGAUGCUCUUCAGCGGAAGAUGGAGGAGAGAAGACUGAGGCUACAGGAAGAGGCUAACAGGAGAUUUUCAGCCUCCGGGUCGAUGACGGUGGAGGAGCAGGAGCAGCGGAUGCUCUACACCAACGUCCUGGAGUACGAGCAGGACCAUGAUUGGCCCAAACUGUGGAAGGCGAACAUGAAGGAGAAUCCUGAUGACUUCACGUCGGUGUCACGUCUCGUCUCUUACCUGCUCAGCCGGUCCGACCACCCGGUGGUGAAGCUGCUGAGGAAACACCAGUACCGGGUUUACAACCGCCUCUACCCCAUCGUCAGCAAAGGCCUCGGCCAGAGUCCGGCGCUGCUGCUGAGGCCGUCUCGCUGCCUCCUCCACCCAGAGGCCCAGAGGAGGACGAGCAGCACCGCGAGCGGCGUCUGCGGCUUGUCGUCUUCGCCCUCGUUCUCUCAAGACCUCCCCGCCGACUGCGACGACUACGAGGACGGCGAAGAGCCACAUACUCAGGCGCCAGUGGACCGGGAAAACUCGUUCGAGGACCUGGAGCAGUUUCUGACCCAGCUGGACUGGGCCCCGCCCGACGACGGCGCCUACGACGAUCCGGAGCUGAUGAGCGACACCUCAGCGCUUAACGAUGGCCACAUGGACGAGCUGGAGAUGAGGGCGAUGAAGGAACAUCUGAAGGCCACGGUCAAAGACAUUCACAUAGCAAUCGAUCAGCUCCUCUCUCUGUGUUUACUGUCCUUCGAGUGUCUGAACACCGCCUCCUCUAAAGACUUGUGCCUUGCCAGUAUCGAGGAAGCCUUCUUCGCGCCCCUGUGGAGCGCCCUGCUGGCUCUGUUCAGGAAGGUCAACAUGGAAAAGGAGCAGUCUUACGAAACAAGCAUGAAGCUUUACUGGGACGUUUCCCCCGCAGACCUCGGCGUUCCCCUGAAACUGUUCCCCCAAGAACCCGGCGCGCUGCAAGGUUCCUACCCCUACGAGUCCGCGGUGCAGGAGCUCAAGCUGCUAGUGAACGACUGCUGCCCGCAGAAGAAGCUGGAAUGUAUCGUUCGGACUCUGCGUGUCAUCUGUGCCUGUGCGGAGGAUUACAUGUGUCUGCACGAGGUCGACCCGACGCACAGAACUGCCGCCAUCGGUGCCGACGACCUGCUGCCCAUCCUGUCCUUCGUGGCUCUGAGGAGCCAGUGUCCUCAGCUGGUGUCGGAAUGUGCGGCGCUGGAGGAGUUCAUCCACGAAGGGUAUCUGAUUGGAGAGGAGGGAUACUGUCUGACCUCGCUGCAGAGCGCCUUGGCCUACGUCGAGUCUCUGCACACGGGACCUGCUGCUGCUGCUGCUGCUGCUGCUGCUGCUGCUGCUGCUGCUGCUGCUGCUGCUGCUGCUGCUGCUGCUGCUGCUGCUGCUGCUGCGGACAAACUCGUCUGAAGACGGCCGCUGUGAACCCUCCCGACGCUUCACCUCACUUAACCUGCGGAACUCCAGAGGCGACGGCUGAAACGAACCUGAUGCAUGCGCCUUUUUUAUUUUCUUAAUUUCUUCUUUUUUUUUUUUUUUUACCUCCGACGACUUAACCCAGAGACCGUGAGUCUCUUCUAACCACAUCGGAGCCUGAAGAAUAAACUAACACUGGAUUGUCAAAGGGAUUUCUGAUGGAGGGAACCUGAUGCCACUGAUUUAUACUAAUACAUAAAAAAACAACAAUUUACAAACAAUUUUCCCUCCUGUCACUCAGAGGAUCUUGGUUCGUCGAUAUUUCUGAAGGGACGUUUGUUACUUUAGAUCCAUCUUCCGUUGUAUGUGAGGUCAUCACGAUGAAUAUGAAUCCAUUACAGACUGUUGGUGGAAAAUGUUUUUCCUCAACGGACCUUUUGGGUUCAUAUGAACUCACGUUUGUCAGAUUUCGCAAAAAAACUAAAAACAUUACAAAAUUUUCCAUGUUCACACGAAACUGAAUUCCGCACUGAGCGACGCAGAAGGAAAGAAAGUCGUUUGUGUUCCCAAUGGCAAAAAUUCAUCCACAGACUUUUUUUGGAAUUUAAAUAUACAUUAAUGCACUUUGGUGGGUGUUGAGGCGUUCAGGGUUCACACAGGAUUGUUGGCUUUUUGAGUUCAGACGUUGGAUCACAGGAGGUGUGUGUGUGUGUGUGUGUGUGUGUGUGUGUGUGUGUGUGUGUGUGUGUGUGUGUGUGUGUGUGUGUGUGUGUGUGUGUGUGUGUGUGUGUGUGUGUGUGUGUGUGUGUGUGUGUGUGUGUGUGUGUGUGUGUGUGUGUGUGGAGUUUGAGGCCACAGUUAGUGCAGGUAACUUUCUUAUUUUUAAAUUACAAAUCAACAAACUCCAAAACAAAGCUCAAGGUGAACUUCCUGUUUCCACUUACUGUUUUCUAUAGCCAAACAAUCGAUAUAUUUGGAUUAUUAUUGGAUUAUUCACUGGUUUAUGUUCAAAUAUUAGACGUGUGAUGGUUUUAAAGGGGUUUUCUUUUCUGUUUUUUACUUUUUACUUUUUUCAUCGAGACGUUUGGUUUUAAGCUUUUGAGCUCGUUUUGUGGAAAACAUCUGAACUGGAGUGAAAAUUUCUGAUGCUGCCGUUUAUCGGCGGUGACGUGUGGUUACUCAAAUGAAGAUAUGAUGAUGUCAGAACUAACUAAUUGUCUGUAAUCUUUCAAAGUCAGUUUUUUUUAAAGCCCUAGAACAAAAGGACGGAGAUCGAACCACAUUCGGAAAAACCUUGAAAAAUAUAAGUUGAAGCGACAGAUUGUGAUAAUUAGGUUUGUGGACUAAAAUAUGCGAAAAGGCUCAAGUUUUUUAUGAAUUGUCUUUUUUAUUUUGUUUAGUUUUGCCUGAAUUGAAUUUUAAUUUUUGCCUGGAUCCAAAAGAUGUGAAACAAAGUGUCUGAAGUGUUUUGAUUUGUUGCUAACUGCGUAAUGCUUCUGUGACAUUACAGAUGUUCGUCUAACGUUAUAAAUGUUAAUGUAAUUAUAAUAUUAAAUGGCAGCACGCUGCGAUAUAUAUACAUUAAAGUGGAUUCAGCCACUACAUCAUGUAAAUUAUUUAUUGUACAUUAUGUGAAAAUGUUGAAUGUUUCAUUUAUUAAAACUGAAUUUACUGUGAACGCUUGAGAACGUGAGACUAUAACGUGAGUCAAUAAAGAGAGAACAGAGGAAAGUUCAACGUCA